CUGGCCCGUUAGUCGUCGGCAAAGACGCGCUGGCAACGCUUGUCGCAAACGAAAGUCGGGAAACGGCGUCAAUUGGGAACGUCAAUCGAUUUGGCAGAUUCACGCUGCUGAUGGACAUGAACGGGGACGCGAACGGUUCGCGUACUUUGCAAUCUGUCGCCGGCCAGCAAAUGCAAUAGCAGUAAAGUGCAGAGAUUGUUGUUGUUGUUGUGGUUGUGUGUGAAAGUGUGAUACUUGAUUAGAGGCGAUUGCAUUGGACUGUGAUAAUAUUAGCCGGGGGCCUAUAUUAUGAUAAUCUUCACAUUCUACGACUUGGCAAACAGCUUUUUGUGUGCUCUUGCUGCUUGACUUAGUGGCGGCAGGAGGAACCGCAACUACAAAUCGCAUCAUUUGCCUUCGAGCAUCGCAGUCGUUUGGGUGUUCACAGUGCUGAAACUUCGAAAUAUUCUCAUCGGAGAAUUUAUGAGCCGGGCAGAGUACGAAUUUCUGCUGACCCAAAAGCCGUUAAGUGGGUCACUAGGUGCCGAGUAAAAAAAAGUGUCUUUGCAGUAACGAAACGAAAUGAACUUGAAACAUAAAAAACAUUAAGUUACGUGCGCGCAAGAACCAAGUGCAGUUAAAUCGUUUUCUCUAGUGCACUUCAGAUAAAAUAGACCAGCCAAACAAUCCAAAUUGCCAAUCGCCAAUUGACAAUUGCCAAUGACGUAGCCGCUGCCAAGGUGCCUGAUUAGCUCGCGAGCAGCAUGAAGGGCAUUUGCGGCGAUGCCAUGCAGCAGCUGAACCACUGCAUGCUGCUGGCCGAUUGUGACAAUGCAACCGCUGAGAAUGAAAAUCCAAAUGCAAAUCUGACUACAACUCCGAAUGCCAGUGGCAACGGUCAUGGAACUGGGUUUGGGAAUGGGCAUGGCAAUGGUAGAGGCACAUCGCCGACGCGUCGCGUUUUUCGCGCCCGCCAAGUGCACAGUCUGGCCAUACGGAAUACCAGCUCCUAUGAUACCAUGGAGCGACCCUUUCGACCCGACAAUCUGCGCGGUCGCUGGGCCAAGUCGGCAGAUUUCUACUUUGCCAGCUCAAGUUACGCCUUCAGUACAAUGGUAUUCUCGGAUGCCCCAGUCUGGGGUCUCUACUUCGGCGGUUGGAAAUACUAUCUAAGCGCCUAUCUGCUGUCAGUUUGUUUUUAUUCACUGCCCAUAUUUCUUAUACAAACUUUUUUGGGACAGUUCUCCACAUCGGGCGCCAUUUCGGCGUUUCGAGUCUCGCCCAUAUUCAAGGGCAUUGGUUAUUCCAUUUUAUUGCUUAAUCUGGGCACACUUACUUACUAUAGUAUCAAUGCGGCUGUGCCAUUCAUCUAUGCCGUCAAUUCGCUGCGCAAAGUUUUGCCUUGGAUGAGCUGCAAUAAUACGUGGAACACGCCCGAGUGCUCCACGCACAGGGAAUAUAAUGAGGAUGCGCUUGAUCAAAAGCCACAUGCGAUUGUGGAAUUCUUUCACUCUGUGAUAGGCUCGAUUACAUCAGAUUCCAGUUCUUGGACCAUAUCCUGGCCUAUGCUGCUAGCCAUUAUGGGCAUCUGGUGUGUUGUGCUCGCGCUGCUGCUGAGCAACGUCUCUUUGAUAGGCAAAGCACUGCGCUGUGGUGGGGUUCUAAUGUUCUCCUUCUUUGUGGCUGUUUUCGGUUAUCUGGUAUUCCACGAGCAGGUUAACUGGCAGUCAUUCCUGGAGUAUCUGCACCCGACUGUACCCAGCUGGGGGGCCAUCCAGUCAGCAAUAGGCACGGCUAUACUGCAAGCGAGCAUGGUGCUGGGUCCUGGCUGGGGCAGCAUCAUAACGCUCGGCAGUUACAAUAGCUUUCGCAGCGAUUCCGAACGACUCAGCAUUUGGGUGUGUAUCACCCAUGUGCUCAUCACGAUGAUGGCCUUGGUCUGCGGUCAUGUGGCCAACGAUCACUUUGAAUUGCAUGUGGCCAUGUGGCAUGUGGAAAAAAAGCAUACGAUACAGUUCCUUUACUUGGCUCAUGCGUAUCUCCUUGGAAGCUUUACAACAGUGCCGCGACUUUGGUCUUUCCUUUUCUUUGCUCUCAUCUUUCUAGCUGAACUGAGUGCACUGAUCAUCCAAAUGAUGUCUGUUUUAACUGCCAUCUUCGAUGAGUUCGAGCAGCUACGACCCAGAAAGAGAUCCAUUACGAUUCUCCUGGUGCUUUGCCUGAUGCUCAUAUCCAUCUAUUUCUGUACCCGCUUGGGCUUCAGUCAAGUUAGCGCCUUGUCCUACAUGUCGCUGUUUACGCAGAUUAUUAUCUCGGCUCUGUUAAUCGUAAUGGCUACUUGGAUCUAUGGACGCGUGCGUUUCCAAUGUGAUCUGCAAUUCAUGCUGGGCAAAACGAUCUCAAAUUUUAAAAUCACUUGCAUACGCUUUGUGGUGCCCGUAUUCCUCGGAGUCGCCUUGUGGCAGACUAUCUAUAUGAUGUCAGCGAACGGUGUCGAGGACACCUUGAUUUGGAUCAGUCAGAGUCUGAUCUAUCUGGUUGCCCUGGGCUAUAUGGUCUAUCGACUCUGCCAGACCAAUGGCAACUGGCGCAAACGGAUGAGGCAAUGUUUUUCGCCCCACGAUUGGCAUCCGGUGAAUGCGGACAAUCGUCGCUUCUAUGAGGAAAUCAUGGGCACCUCCGAAAUGCUUGUCAUUGAUAACGGCAAUACCGCCUAGAAACUGCAUAGUGCCUAAUAACUUACUCAUUUUUUGAUACUGUACUUAAGCGAUGGACCUCCAACUCAGGUCGAACUGAACUCAAUCGUGUGCAUUGAACAGCUGAAAUACUUUAGACGAGCGCAAGUUAUUUCUUUUUUAUUGAAUGUACUGAUAUUUUCCAAAUCUAGUUAUAGAGAACAAUAAACUGGUGAUAUUUGUAGUUGCAUAUAUAUACACAUACAUAUAUCUGUAUGAAUAAAACAGCA